AUGCCAAGGUCAAAAGAACAGAAGAAUGCGGACGAGACGAGUGAAUUUUCUCCUGUAGUAAAUGCAACGUGCAAAUCGGGCAUAAUGUCAAUAAAAAUCACCUUCAACCAGCCCUUCAAUGGAGUGGCACACGCUAAAGAAUUCAGAACUCCCGCCUGUAAAGUGCAGGGAAACGGUUCUGAAAACGUCGCACUCGAAAUCAACAUGGAGGCGCCCAAAGGUUCGCCAACUUAUUGCGGAGUUGCUUGGAAUAAUCGGACCAAUGAGCGAUCUGUACCGCUAGCCGUACGAGUGCAUCGGACUCUCGAACUAGCGGAUGACAAAACGUUCGUCAUCACUUGCGGCAAAGCUGGCUUCAGAAACUCACGAAAUGAGACAUCAUUAGUGUCUUUGCGGGUGCUGAACCCAGAUGGGCGCAAAGUAACGAACGUAGCGUUCGGUAUGCCGUACACUCUGCGAGCAGAACUGAGCAAGUCCGAUGGAACUCACGGAAUCAGGAUGAAGAAUUGCUUCGCAUUCAACAUGCGCAACAAUACUGUGAAUCUCCUUGACAGUAGGGGUUGUCCAGUGAAGAACUCAUUAGUAGUGAAGACUGAAGGCAGCACGGCAGAGAUCGCCAUAGCCUCGAUGUUUAGGUUCCCAGACUCGUCACAAGUCAACUUACAAUGUGACAUUGCAGAGUGCAAAGGCAGCUGCAUGGCCGUAGAUUGCUCUGCGGACGGACGCAACGACCCCUCCGACGAGGAGGCUCUAGUGACCUCCUCCACUGGCAUAUUCGUUUUGGACCCUAACGAUAAUGCGGUUCUGAUGUGCUCGGAAACGGGCAUCCGGCCGCUGUGGCUGCUGUACCUGGCCAUCGCGCUUGGCGUGAUGUUUGUGGUGAUGCUGCUCAUCAACUGCUUCCUCUGUACCGCCAUGACCUGCUCCUGCGCCAGGACCGAUGUAAUCGAGAAGGACCCGUCGGUGGUGGAGGACUACGACCCGUACCGCAGCUGGCACGGCAGCCAGUACGGAAGCAGGUACCCAUCGUCCACUAUACAUUCAGCGAGGUCGGUAUCGGAUAACAGCGACCAUUACGCGAUAGUGCAAUCGAGGCCAGGCAGUCGACACUCGGGCAUGCACAGAAAUAGGCACUGA